GUGUUGGGGUGGGGUGGGGGGAGCCAUCUGGUACCUUGGUAGCGUCUGAAAGAGCAUCAGCCAUAACGACAGAAAUGGCCAGUCAGUCGCAGGGUAUUCAGCAGCUCCUGCAAGCCGAGAAACGGGCGGCUGAGAAGGUGGCAGAUGCCAGAAAGAGGAAGGCCCGGCGUCUGAAGCAGGCAAAGGAGGAGGCACAGAUGGAGGUGGAGCAGUACCGUAGAGAGCGAGAGCAGGAAUUCCAGAGCAAGCAGCAGGCGGCCAUGGGCUCCCAGGGGAACUUGUCGGCUGAGGUGGAACAGGCUACAAGACGCCAGGUGCAGGGCAUGCAGAGCUCCCAGCAGAGAAACCGAGAACGCGUCCUGGCCCAACUUCUUGGCAUGGUCUGCGACGUCAGGCCCCAGGUCCACCCCAACUACCGGAUUGCUGUCUAGGAUCCACCGUAGGGCCUAACUGUUCCCUUCCAGUUCCCUUCCUCAAAGAAAUCCCCCAAGCAAAAUUACCUCCCACCAUCUUCACUGCUUCUUUCCACUUGCUCUCCAUUCCCUGGAAAUUCUAGGGGCAAGAUCCAAUAAUUCUCUGAAAUUUAGAAGUUCUCCUGCUCAGAUCUGAAUCUCCUUAUUGUUCUUUAACCUUCACUGGGACCUUGUAAACUCCCAAGUCACUGUCACGCGACCCCUCUUUGAAAUUUGUAGCAUGGAGAAGUAGGAAUGUGAAAAACACUUUGGCUUCAGAGCCUGGCAGGCUGAAGUCCCUUUCCCAACCCUGCCACUUGCUGGGACAGGACAAGCUACUUGACCCCUAGUCCAGUGUCCUCCUCUACAGGACUAAAAUGAUGAUGAUGAUGAUGAUACCUACCUUAUAGGGUUGCUGCAAUGAUUAGGAAUCACUCUGUAAAGAGCCUGGCGUGGUUUCUGGCAUCUAGUAGCUGUGAUUCAAUAAAUGGUAGCUCUAUGGUAUUAUUACCACUCCCUGCCCACCUGCCAAAACCUAAACACAGCUGUUUCCUCACAUUUGUCAACGGUUCUCUAAUUCUACUCAUUCAUUCUGUGAACCUAGUAAUUCUCAGAAGAAUUAGUUCUUCCCACCUCUCUUUCCCCAGAGCUUUAUGAUCCCUGAAAAGUAAUGAAGACCUCGUUUAGCCUCUCUACUGUGAUUCCAGGAAGAUGUUGAAUUUCUUAGUCUUUCUUUUUGUGUCUAAGUUUGUCUUUCCGUUUAUUGGAUUCCCCCUUUUCUGAUUUCCCUGAAGACCCAUGAGAUGCUCACUGCUUCCUGAGAUCUAAAGUGAUGCUAUGUUCCCUUGUAUGCAUGGCCUUCCUUUCUACAUCUUGAACACCUUUCCCUUGUAACAAUGAAAAAGUUUCAAUAAAAAAAAACUGUGGGCAAAUCAA